AUGGCUCCGAAAGCAAGGAGUGAAAAAGCGCAAGAUCACAUUGGGACAUCGUCUGCACCGACGUACAAGUUCAAGGAUGCAAAUGAUAUAUUGCGUACGCUGAGAACGAGAGCACCGGACGACCAGGAGGCCUUGAUUGAAGUUCUCACUGCGCUGCGAAACCAGUUGUCUUUACCAUCUAUUCCACUUGGUUCGACUCAGCGAGUGCCUGCAGACGAUGUUCGAAUUCUACUUGCCCAAGAAUAUCUAGUGGCUUCGCCUGCAUGCCCCCAAUUCUUUCAAAUAUGGGACUCUGUCUAUACAUCAUCAUCGUCGCACCCCCCUGCGACGUCCACGCGGCUGUUAGUACCGCUUCUAUCUUUGCUUGCCAAUCUUUUGGAUCUCCUUUCGUCGCAAUACCUAUAUCACCAAUAUGGCCACGCAAUUCUGAAAGCAUUGCUCGCACCUGUUUACUCGAAACGGCUCUCGAUAUACAUAUCCGGUGGUGGAAGUAGUACCACGGAUCUCAUAUUGGUCAGUAUGAAGCUUUGGGUAGCAAUGGCUGAGUUUGCAGGGGGUCGGGAAAAACAAAAGGUUAUCGAAGCUUUCGGUUGGGAUAACAAGGUUAUCAUGAGGCUGCUUUCAAUGCGUCGCAGGUCGAAGACUACUGUCCAGGGAUCCCUGGCCAAACCUGAUAUACGAACGCUUACUCUUGUUUUCUUGUUGUCCCCUCUAUCACCCGUGUCUUCCGUCUCCACAACGAUGAAGCAGACUUAUGUUUCCACGACCCCAUAUGCAGACGCCCUAGCGUUGAUUUGGAAGGGGAUGGAAACGGAUAGCCCUGGUGUAAUUCGUUAUACACUGGAAAGACUUUGGGAAGGUCUAUGGUGCGACAAGACGAUUUCUCGCAAAGACAAAGUGGCGCUCUUCAACGAAAGAGCAUUAACUGAGCUGAUAAAGCUUUAUCAUCACUCCGAAGUCUUGGAAGGCGAAGAAAACUCUGCUGCGGAUCUCAUACACCAUUUCCUUCUCGCUAUAUGCGCCCGACCUGGUAUUGGUAUCUGCUUUCAAGAUAGAGGGUGGUACCCUCGGGUGAUCGAAGGUGGGAUUGACGGCGUCCUGGACGCAUCCGUUACUCUCGAUCAAUCGGCAGAUGUUGAAAACAUGACCACCACCAACGACAGAGGCGCUGGACCAUCGAAGGGAAGGAUUUACAAUAAAGUCCUGGCCAAUGUUUUGAAGAUGUUGAAGGUCAAUGAGGAUGCAAGGCAGCAGGAAUUGGCGUUAAGGAUAUUGGCGGCGUGCCCAGAGCUUGUCGCAGGGUUUUGGCCAACCUCAAGUUUAACCCUGGAACCCCGGUUAUCGUCAAGAUGGAUCACCAAUGUCGCGUUCACUGGUUCUGUUGUUUCCCUUGCCGUUCCAGAGCAAAGUUUCGUGAUGCAACAACCCUCAAUCAACACCGUAACGCUCGGGGCUCACGUCAUGUACCAUCCCACCCCUCCUCCUUUGAGCACAAUCAUGGAGAACAUCAUUCCGUCUGUCCUGUCGAGCAAGGCCAACUUCACAAAGAUCCUUUUGGGUGGCCCCGGUGCGAAGCCGAUGGUUCAGCAUUGUGUAGCUUUGGCGUUAGUGAAGUGUUUGGAUAAGCUAGAGCGCGUGUUACGCGUGUGGAGACAGGUCGAAGUUGGCCUUGAGGAGCCUCAGCAUCGUGUCGGUGGUCUCGAUGAAGUGACAUCUGAUGAGGAAUCUAUCGGUCAGUGGGGUCUUAGGCGGCAGGAGAUCCUUCGAGAAGCACGAAAACGACUCCCCGACUUCCAGGUCAUCAUGGCUUGUGUGCAUCAUACCGAAAGCUUGCCUGCUGACCCCGAAGAUGCCGGUUUGCGCAGGGCGCUUCUCGGCGAGGUCUCACUAAAGCUCCUUGGACUCUACCGUAAAUGCUUACCGGAGGUGGCCAUGGAAGCCAAGUUCGACGUUGGAAAACUGCUGUCGAGCCUAAACAAUGGUGGGAAGGCUGAGGUAGAUCGAACCGGAGAGCGUAGUGCCACGCAAAGGUUGGCUAUUGUGGCGCAGUUGCAUAUUUUGGGGUUGCUGCAAGAGAUAGACUCCUUUGCUUUGUCCGCGAAAUCCGGCUCCGCGUCACGCUCGAACCUUUACGUGCUCUUGAAGAUGUAUAUUGAUACCGAUGUGCUGGCGAUUCGGACUAAACUUCAAUCGGCGAUUACACACUCGCUCUCCCAGACUCUCGUCUUCCAAGCCAAUGCCAAUAGCUCGAUGAACUCACUUGAACCCGAACUAUGGUUGCGGUGCAUGCCAUCAACACUCCGCAUGCGCAAUUCCAGCACACCGCAUGCUACCCUGCCGGACGGCGAGGGUGAAGGCUUGGUUAACUUUCUGGAUGACUGUUUUGGCAGGUGUCAGAAGAAGGUGUAUAGUUACAUGGAAGGUAUGCAGACACUCGUUAACGGGGCUAAGGUCGCCUUCCCAAGUCCGCUUAUGAUGGUGCUGCUGGAACAACUGAAGGCGAAAUUGGAGCAUAAAGCACUCAGCCCUCCCGACACACUUGCUCUCAUAACCUUCUCGCGGAAGUUGGUGUUCCGGUUAAUGGGCCAUCUCCCAGAUUUGGAGUUUUUGACAGCCUUUGGUCGCGAGGUUGCUCGUAUCUUCCAGGACACGAGUAACAAGGGUUUGGAAGGUAGCAUCAAGGAUGUUCUAAUGUGGGAGGUGAGCAUGUUAGAGAGGACUCUAUCACGAGCCAUGGGCGCCGAUCUACCAAGACAAUUGUCGGAAAGCAACGUCGCAGUCCAGGCUUUCAUCACUGAGGCUCAAUCUAGAAAAAUCCCGUCGACCCCGGCUGAUCGUAUCGCCGGAGCUUUCGAAUUUGUUGAUCAGCUUAGGUUCUUUGGCAACAAACUGCGGACCGUAGACGUUAGGCAGGCAGUGACCAUCAUCGAGGCAUACCACCCACCUGCGUGCCAGUAUCUCAUCGAAUAUCUGGACCUAUCAUCUGGUUUGCUUUGGGACGGAUUCGACGUCGUUUCCAAUCAUGCCAAAUCCGCGACUAGUCUGCCUUUCGAGUGGUUGUACAUCCAUGCAGACCUCUCAGCACUAUCUGAGGAAGAACCACAUGCCGUUCUGGUUGACUCUCUACUCGAAGAACUGACUCUCGUUAACGCAAAGAGGGCCAUCCAGUUGGUAGCGCAUUUACUAACCCCACCCAAUGCGAGUCAACAAACGUGCCGAGCGUUAGAUUUGAUUGCCUCUGUUCUGCAGAAGGCCGAGGGUGCUAUGUCGUCUGACGAUCAUAUGAAUCUGAAGACGUACACAUUCGGAGAUAUCAAAGCCAUCCACGAAAUAUGCACGAACGAGGACAUUCAAUCUGAUAUUAAGAAUGCUCUCAGUCGAUUGAUCAACUGUUUGCAUGCCAAUGAUGCACAAGACAGCCUUGUCGUCGCAGAAAUAGCAAAGUUCUGGGUGGCUUCUAUCAAUAGGUCCAUCAACAGUCGAAGCAGUAGCGAUGUUUCGAGCGCCACUAAAUGGAUACAGUUCAUUGACUCUGAACCACUGUUGGACCUUUUCGACUCUAUUACCGACUCCCUGAGCGAUACGCCCAGUCAAUCCACUGUUUCCGUGCUCCGGGAAAUAUUGGUCUCAAUAAAACGGCCGCUCAGAUCCGGUGAUAGUAGUUUCGAGUGGAAACUACGAUCCAGACUUCCGCAGCUACUAGCUCUCCGCCCAGUUCUGUCCGGCUUCUAUGUACUAGAAGACAUUGUGGCAACUGCGCUCGAAUCCUCCUUACCGAUCGGCCACGACAGUCACGAUGCUCGCCAUCAGCACAUCGAAGCCGGUAGCCCGGAUUCAAUCAGUAAUUUGAUAGAGAGGGCCGAAACGCAUUGGUCCCACAGAUUGGACGCUCCACCAAGUGAACUCGACUUGAAGUCGUUUCUUCACCAAACAUCGUGGUCACCAUCUACUGUAAGAAUUACCAGUGCACUCCUAUACCGACAUACAUCUCCGGAUAACGUUUUUUGGCGGUGGGUCGGAACGGACAACUGCGCGCAUCGGUCUACGCACGAUUUUGCCAUAGUUCUCCAUGCUAUCUUGGACGCCCAUAUUACUCGAGGGAAGCCAAUCCCCAAACUUGAAGGUGACGGAUGGUUGCCACAUUUUACUCGCCUGUUGAAAGCCACGAUCGAGCCUCGUCACCCACGGGAGAUGCGAGCUCGCUGUAGCUGGUGUAUGUCGUCGCUGCUACUAUUGGUCCCCGCCGAGGCGACCCAAUUCGCGAAUUGCGUCGCAUCUGAGUUGUCCAUUUCCCCCGGGAGCGCAUUUCCGGCAGAAAUAUUGACAGCUGCAGCUCGCAUCUUCCAGUAUGAACAGCACCGGACCGUGGUUUCGUCCAUUGUGACCAGUGCUUUGCAGGGUUUAGUUAGUUUGCUUGGGGACGAAGAUCAUCACAGUGAAGGCGAUCAAACCAUGAUACGGCUUAUCCCCCUCGUCACUCCGGACAUCAAAGUGCAUCUAGUCGAACCGCUUCUUACCGUUGUCAGCAAGCAAUGCCUCGCCAAUAAGCAUGCACUUGACUUAUCUACCGCACUCGUCAAAGUAGUCCCAUUGAAGCCUGUUGUAGUCAAUCGCUUCCUCCAAAACAUCCUGCAACAUCCGCAAUUCUUCAAAUACUCGUCGUCGUCGUCCCGGGAGGCCAUAAUUAAUCUAUUGUCGACGCUUUUCCACCAGCAUCCAGCCAAUACAUGCCAACCGACGCACGUAGAGCCUCUGGUCCGCAUAUAUCAAGGGUCUUUGUCAGUCCCCGACCAGCAGAUACUGGCGGUCUUCAGGCUAUUUGAAGUUGAGCGUACAACGUCCAUGGCCCCGCUAUUGUCUAGCUGGUCGUCGUCGCCCGACAUUCCCUCAGCGGACGCUUCCGAAGCAAUUCGUACCCUCGAUCCUGGUAGAGUUCUGCGGACAUGCCUUGGGUUUCCUCAUUGGCGCCGUUUUGAAGUGCAAGAGGUCCGCGCCCUCAGUCGACACGAGACUCUCCUUUACGACCCCGUCUUUCUACUUUUGCUCUUUGCCCAGGCAAUGUCGGAGAGCCCCCCAACCUCUGCUCUCGCUUGGGUUGAACUAUUCCGAACAAACAUUAUCUGUUUAGUAAUUCGGACGCUAUCGUCCAGAGAUGAGAAAAUGCGCGAGGUAGCCUUGAUGCAGAUAACUGCGUUGUGGGGAUCUAUUCAAAACGCAGACAUGCAAGAACGGCCACACGUCAUCUACAUCCUCAAUUUGCUCAAAGAUACACUAGACGCUCCUUCUGACCUGCCUGCCAAGAGGCUUCCUUCGUAUUCGACAUUGAUCCUCCUUCAUGCACUUAGAGCUAUCUUCUACCCCUCCAACUUUAUAUACCCGUUGACGUCAAGUUUCCUUCUUCAGAGGCCCGAGCUUGACACGCAUGACAUCCCUAUGCUGUAUGGUAUGUUGUAUAGCUCGUCGGACGCUUGGAAGAAGGAACGGGGGUGGAUUAUCCGCUUCCUGUCGGAUGGGAUGAUCAGCACAAAUGAUUGGAGGGUUCUCAAGCGGAGACAUACUUGGGAUCUACUUGCUAGCCUUUACCAGAGCUCUGCGGAUGACAGGGCGCUGAGAAAUGGCAUCCUGGAGGUGUUGGCAAACAUCACUUGUAAUGUGCAAGCCACUACAUCGCUGGUCCUCAAGUCGGCUUUGCUCUCGUGGAUUGAGAUGCAGGUGUCGAGCUGCCGCAACCUUGAGACCAUUGCAUGGAUCAAGAUCCUUGAAAACAUCAUGGUUAUCGUAGAUCCAUCAAAAGUGGAGUCGGCUACUGGUGGUGCAUGGCGGGAGGCAAUUCUGCGAUGCUUAUUAACGUUGCUGGAUGAAACACCGCUUGGUAAACUCAAUGUCUUGCGUACGAUAGCACCUGCUGUGUUAAGACUAAGCCUCUUGCCUGGAACGCCUUUGCAAAAGCUCCAUAGUCUGCUGAAGGCGUCUAUCAGUAGUCUCCAAGUCGUCGAGGAGAACACUAAAGUGCAUGGACUGGAGCGCAUCGUUGUGAAGCCCGCAUCUACCUUGCAUGAUCCUCCCCACCCUUCCGCUGAACUUUUUGAUCUCGACGAGCUUCACGGCAACGACGAUGAUAUACGCGUAUGGGGAGAGAUAGUUGAAAGUCUCUGGCGUACUGGGAUGACUCUCCAGCAGCCGCAUGAGGCUUGGGGUGCGCUCACUAGUAGGUUACUGGUUUGGCGAUCAAUUGUCGGGGAAGAGGGGUCAGAAGUGGGGGGUUGGGCCCGUAAAGAAGUAGUAGCAAACUUGUAG